ACGUCAAGCGUGAGACCCCUCUCUCUGAUACCACCACCAGCACGCCAUGUCCGGGACAAACAUUGCGAAACCACAACAACUGACACCGUUGGGGAGCGCUUUGGCGGGUGCUCUGGGCGCAUGCUUCAGCAAUGCUAUCGUGUAUCCUCUGGAUGUUGCAAAAACGCGAUUACAAGCGUAUCAUAAGAGGGGCGGGCAUGUACCAUCACUCAUUGAAACCAUGAAGCAGAUUUACGAAGAGGAAGGCAUUGUGGGGUACUACAAGGGUUUCGUCGCUACGAUGCUUAAUACGUUCUCCAUGCAAUAUGCCUAUUUCUUCUUUUACUCCCUCGUCCGGACGUCCUACAUCAAGCGGCUCAGCUCGAGGCUACCGAAGGGCUCGAAAGCGCCGCCCCUGUCCACGGCAGCCGAACUUCUUCUUGGAGCAGCCGCAGGCGCGCUCGCCCAAAUCUUUACCCUCCCAGUGUCGACCAUCGCGACUCGGCAGCAGAUUGGCGAGUCCCUGGACGAGGACGAGAACUCGCGCCGCGUGCGUCUACGCAAAGGCUGGGCUGCAAACGGCGACGCUGAGAAGGCGAUACCACAGACCGACGUUGAGAAGGCAGAAGGGGAGAAUGAGCGGGACGACUCGUUCUGGGGCGUUGCAAAGGAAAUAUACGAAGAAGAAGGCCCCACCGGCUUCUGGCUCGGCCUCGGACCUAGUAUGGUCCUCACAGUCAACCCAGCCAUCACGUAUGGUGUCUUUGAGCGCGUGAAGAGCGCUGUGUUGAUCGCGUCUGAGAAGUCGGGGCGGACAGACAUGGCGAAGAACGGAAAGCUUGCGCCGCAGAUGACGUUCUACGUUGGCGCGCUAAGCAAGAUUCUUGCCACGAUUAUCACGUACCCAUACAUCAUGACGAAGAUAAAGAUUCAGGCACGGUCAGCAGAUGCGGAAGAAGCUGAGGAGGAAGGCGAGGAGAAACCGAAACCGAAGGAAUUCCACCAUAAGCACAUGAAGCACGCUACUUCGCUGCAGAUCCUGCACAGAGUAUAUCUUGAGAACGGAUUUCUUGGCUGGUAUCAGGGUCUGGGUGCUCAGCUGCUCAAAGCUGUCCUUGCACAAACUCUCCUGUUCAUGUCGAAGGAUCAGUUCGAACACUGGGCCCUGCAUAUCAUCUUUAUGCUGCAGAAGCUUCGACAGAGAAUUUAGAAUACUUUGUAUACCGUAGGGACCCCG